UAAAAAUGUUUAAUCGCUUCAGUAAAGAGUAAUAAAUCCGUGAUAACAGUAAAGCCACUGGUCAGACGGGAGCACACAUUUAAUUCUCAAUCGGUCACAUGCUUUCUCAUUUCGAGUGGACGACGAGCCAAAUUAUUAAUAAUUACGACGACGCCACACGCGCACAUGCUUCUCACAAUUUUAGGGGAAACAUUAAUUUUUAAAAUUCGUUAAGAAACUAUAGCGUAGGAUAAAAUGGGGAAGGAAAACGUCUCCAGACGAGACGCUUCCUCCAAAAAGGGAGGCUGGCUAUCCGUCUGCAAAACCUUAUCCGUCGAACCGGCCGGAUUUCUCCUUAUCUGUUCCGCCGUCGUGAGCCAUUUAAUAUUUCAAAAUAUUGUAAUGGAAACUGCAUGUCGGAACGAUCUAGGCUACGAGGCAGAAACUUGUAAAGAAAUUAUUACCAAAGUCAACGCUACAUACAAAACUCAGGAACGUGAAAUCCAAAAAGUCGUCGCGGGUGUACAGGCAAUGAUGUCGGUCAUAUUCGGCUGCAUAACUGUACUCGUCGUACUAUUUAUUGGACCGUGGAGCGACGCAAAUGGGAGGAAAAUGCCCCUCCUCAUGUCCUGCGUGGGCAUCUUCUCGUACUCCGGAUUGAUGCUGCUCGGCUACUUUCUCCUCGGCAAGGUCAAGCUGACCGCGAUGGCGUUGACGCUUAUGGUCGUCGGACCGAUCACGAUUACCGGGGGUGGGGCCGUUUUCGCAAUGUCAGCCUACAGCUAUAUUGCUGACACGACGAGCGAAAAGAGCAGGACGUUGAGAACGGGGGUCCUCAGCGCGUCGGUGCGGUCAGGGACCCCGAUCGGGUUCGCGAUAGGGGGUGGUCUGACCAGAUUUGGAGUUGGGACGGUCACAAGUCUCUUUGUGGCGAUGGGGUUGGCAAUGAUUUCGUUUGUCAUCAUGCUGCUAACAGUGAAGAAUACGGCGCCUAAAAAGAUUGGGGUGGACGAAGUGGAUGAAGGGGACGAAUUCGAGGAUGGGGUAAAAGUGGCAAAGAAGCCGAAGAAAAAAAGGUCGGCGUGGAUCAGAUACAACCCGUUGACAAAGUUGUGGCAAGCGUUAGCAAUUUUGUGGAAGAAGAGGAAGGACCGAUUCGGGUUCUGGUUGUUGAUUGUGGCACACAUGAGUUAUGCCGCGCCGGGAUCGGGUGAGUACUCGAUGCUUUAUCUCUUCGUGAGGGAGAGGUUGCAGUGGAACGUGAGUGAUUACGGGUUCUUCUCAAUGUACAAUUGGUUGAUGAGUGCGGCAGGCGUAUUCUUAUCGAUGUUCAUCCUCAGUAGAAAGUUAAAGAUAUCCGACCCUAUCGUCGGACUUGUCGCAGGCCUUAGCCAAAUCGGUGGUUCUACGAUGUAUGCCUUUGCAGCUACAGCGUUGGCCAUGUAUAUGGCUUCUGCCACCGACUUGAUGAACGGAACGAUUGGUGUCGUCGUGAGGUCCAUGCUGUCCAAAACCGUGGCUCCGGACGAGAUUGGGAAGCUUUUCGCACUUUUAGGCGUGCUCGAAAGUCUAAUUCCAAUCGGGAUGGUGCCCACGUAUGCGUUGCUGUACAAAAACACGGUCACCGUCUUUGCGGGGGCAUUCUUCUUGCUAUCAGCAGCACUCACGAUACCGGCAGAGAUUAUUUUUAUUUAUUUUAUCUGCACGAAACGCAACAUGUCUCCGAAGAAGGAGGAGCACGCUCUCGACGGUGAACUUGGGCCGAGCGGAAAGCCCCUCGUAGUGCACAAGGGUGCGUUAGAAGAUCGAGUCAAUAAUGAAUUAGUAAAAUUAAUGCCGCAGGAAAUAUAUUCCAGUAAGGACUGCAUGGUCGGCGUUUUUGAAGCCUGAAGGGUAACUCGUCGUUUGGGCAAGUGGUCGAAAAUAAUACUUGUCGAGAGUAUUUUUUUAAUAAAAUACGAUUCUAAAUAAAUUAUAAUUUUAUAAAAUAACAUUUACAUGAGAACUCUCAGCAAGAAUGCCAAACCCCCUGUUCCAGGCCUUAUGCAUUCUUAUUGCUCUACAUCUUCUAUAUGAAUGUAUGUUCAAUGGUGGAUUGUACGCUGUACCCAUGUAGGUUUUUUGAACAUAACUAAAAAAUUCAUCCAGUUCGAAUUUAGUUUGACCCUUAAAACUAAACGAUACUUUCAAUUCUCGGAAUGCAACUCUUAAAUUAUCGGGCUGAACAAAUGCGAGACCGAAUAUUUUUUAUUAAUAAUGAUAGGGUGCCUCAUUGAAAUAAAUCAAAUCAAAUCAAAUAACGCCA